UCAAAAUAUUCUGACAUGCAAAACAUUUCAAAACUAAUUUUGAUGCCUAAAAUGGGUACUCGGCACUACGUCUAUGAAGGGAACUCUGAUGACGACUACAUGCUCAACACAACCUAUCCAUUUCGCUGCGGGGCUAUGCUUUGGCAAGGAGGCAAAAACGACACCAGAAAUGCUCAGAGGGAAUCUAAAAAUAUCACUGAAGAAUCGCUUAUCGAGAACUAUGCCAGAUGGGUAAACCUGAAGCCAAUGAAUGACACUUCAGCAGAAGUCCCCACAUGGAUGGAAGUGAGAGACUAUGGUGUUUUAACUCUUAUAUUGGCCAACAUGUCUUUGGUAUAUUCAGAUUACGAGAAAUGUGCAUUGCUGCAAUAUAAAGAUACUGAUAAAUGCGAAGUCUGGCUCUACGAAAUGCCAGAAAAAAAUCAUAAACCGACAGUAUGUGAACUUUUGCAUGAGUACGUCUGUCCAAAUAACAUCACCAUGUAUUAUCCCGAUGAUUGCUUCACCAAAAAAAACAAAAUUAGUUCCUAA